AUGGCGCUGGAAGGAGCCAGCAGUUAUGUUGCUCCAAGCAACCUAACGGAGCCCUCAGAAUCCCUACCUAUCUUUGACGUCCAGCGGGUGCAACUCCAGUUUCCCAUCGCCGCGGACUUCGUCGCGGCCCAAGUCGCAAACAACGUGCUAGUGUUGGCAUUGUCAACUGGCCGUAUUCUCCGAAUUGAUCUUGAUACCCCUGAAGACAUUGAUGACAUCGACCUCCCCAAGAAGUCCUCAGAGACCGGUCUGAUUCGACGCAUGUUUUUGGAUCCCUCGGCAUCUCAUCUGAUUAUCAAUACGACGCUCGGCGAGAACUACUACCUUCACACCCAGUCGCGACAGCCUAAGGCCUUGUCCCGGUUAAAGGGCGUAUCGAUCGAGAGUAUUGCCUGGAACCCUUCUCUGCCCACUGCAUCGACACGCGAGAUCCUUCUGGGAACAACCGAUGGCAAUGUCUACGAAACCUACAUCGAACCAUCCACGGAGUUCUAUCGGCGCGAGGAGAAGUACGCCACUGCGGUCUACAAAGUCCCAGAAGCCUCGCCAGUCAUUGGAAUAUGCGCCUCACCAGUGCCUGCAAGGCCUGAACAGAGGAGGGUCUUGGUCGCGACAUAUGGAAAGUUGAUACACUUUUUGGGUCGCGUGGGAGCCACGAAACAAGGGAGGGAAGGCGGCGGGUCCAUAUACACGGAGAUUUUCCAGCGCGAGACGCCUGUGAUUCAGGAUGGCUCGAACCCAUCGGCAUCUGCGCCGUCUGGCCUGACGGUUUCCUCUUCUUCCGGAGGCCACCAACCCGAAGGAUCUACGGAUAUGGAGUUCGCAUGGUUGAGUGCGCAGGGGAUCUACCACGGACAACUGUCGUCUGAGGCCCCAUUCGAUCACGCGAGUUUGCUUCCUCGCUCGAAAUACCCCGCCUCUCAAUCUGCUCGCGGGGGCAGGAAAAUGAUCCAGGAUCCGAUCUCCUCGAUGACAUUGUCCCAGUGGCACGUGUUGGCUCUGGUUGAAGGUCGAGUGGUUGCUGUGAACCGCCUGAGCGAGGAAGUUGUGUAUGAUCAAGCUGUCUUGGAGCCUAAACAAAGUGCUCUGGGUCUGCUGACGGACCUGACACAAAGCACAUACUGGCUGUUUACUGGGCAGGAGAUUUUUGAAGUCGUCGCUAAUGACGAGGAUCGCGACGUGUGGAAAGUUCUUUUGAGGGAAAAGAAAUUUGACGAAGCGCUUCAAUAUGCUCAUAGCCAAGCACAGCGUGACGCUAUACUGACUGCGUCCGGUGAUUACCUUGCUGCAGGUGGCAAUUUCCUCGAGGCAGCCAAAGUCUGGGGCAAAAGCAGCAAAGGCUUUGAAGAGGUCUGUUUGACAAUGGUGGACAACAAGGAAUAUGAUGCUCUGCGGAAGUAUCUUCUGUCUCAGCUAUCUACGUAUAAGAAGGCGUCUGUCAUGCAGAGAAUCAUGGUUGCAAGCUGGCUCGUGGAGCUUUUCAUGUCGAAGCUGAACUCUCUUGAUGACAACAUUGCUACCAAAGCCGAGUUGACCGAGGGGGCGACAACCGGUGAGAUCAAGGAUCAACUGGGCAGCGUACGAGCCGAAUUCCAGGAUUUUGUGACCAAGCACAAGGCGGAUCUGGACAAGAAAACAGUCUACGACAUCAUCAGCAGCCACGGUCGGGAGGAAGAGUUGCUCUUCUUUGCAACCGUCACCAAUGACCAUAACUAUGUGUUGUCCUACUGGAUUCAACGAGAGAAGUGGUCAGAGGCUUUGAACGUCCUGCAACGGCAGAGCGAGCCCGACAUCUUCUACAAGUACAGCAGUGUCCUCAUGACCCAUGCUGCUACUGAGCUCACUGAUAUUCUUAUGCGGCAGACGAACUUGGAACCCGAAAGACUCAUCCCUGCCUUACUGAACUACAACAAGACUGCCAGUGUCUCUCUCAAUCAGAACCAGGCCGUUCGAUAUCUGAACUUCAUCAUUGUCAACCACCCCAACCCCUCCGCCGCUGUUCACAACACACUUAUUUCUAUUCAUGCCUCCAGUGGAUCAGCUUCGGAAGCUGGACUACUCACUUAUCUUCAAUCGCAAUCAUCCUCGCCACCCCCGUACGAUGCAGACUUUGCUCUCCGACUUUGUAUCCAACACAAGAGGGUCCAAUCAUGCAUCCACAUUUACAGCGCUAUGGGUCAAUACCUUCAAGCAGUAGAGCUCGCCUUGGAGCACAAUGACAUUGAGCUUGCGGCUAUUGUCGCCGACCGUCCAGAGGGCAACAAAAAGCUACGCAAGAAAUUGUGGCUUCUCGUCGCGGAGAAAAAGAUUCGCCAACCCGGCACAGGAAUCAAAGAUGCGAUGGAGUUCCUCCGCCGCUGCGAGCUUCUUCGCAUCGAGGACCUCAUUCCCUUCUUCCCAGACUUUGUCGUCAUUGACGACUUCAAAGACGAAAUCUGUACCGCGCUGGAGCACUACUCGCGUGACAUUGACGCUCUGCGACAGGAGAUGGACAACUCUGCGCAAACAGCUCGACAGAUUCGAUCCGAGAUCGCUGGCCUGGAUUCCCGCUAUGCGAUUGUGGAACCCGGCGAGAAGUGCUGGAUCUGCUCGUUGCCUCUUUUGAGUCGCCAGUUCUUUGUCUUCCCCUGUCAGCAUGCCUUCCACAGUGACUGCCUGGGCAAGGAGGUGUUGGAAGGUGCCGGGGGUAAGAAGAAGUACAUUCGCGAUCUGCAAGGGCAGCUUAGCAUUGGCGACGUCGCUCCGUCGCGACGGGAGGAGAUUGUUAAGGAAUUAGAUGGACUGGUUGCUGAAGCUUGUAUCCUGUGCGGUGACCAUGCCAUCAAGCAAAUCGACAAGCCCUUCAUCACAGCCUCGGAUACAACAGAUGAAUGGGCUUUGUAA